AUGCUGUGUAAAAUGCAAGAAGCACGUCUCUUCAAAUUAACAGUCUGUUUUGCAUUGCUGCUGUUUGUAGGAUACCUCAUAUUCGAUGCAAACCGGACCUCUUGGAGCGCAUUUUCACAAUUACUAGAGACUGUCAAGACUACGAACCAUGCCACUGAUGCUCUGAGCCUGCCCCAAUAUGACAUGGUGACCAAGACAAAAGCACAUACAGACAUCAGGGUGGAAUCUUCUCAGCUUUCGCAACUGGUCUCAGAUGUCUCGAAAAGUAAACCUACUGUUGGCGUUGCAUACAAAGCAACCUCUACUCAGGCUAAUGCUACAGCUGUUAUCAGUAGCGACCAAGUUGGAAGUUGGAAAUCUGCCACGCUUUUAAUACAGGAAAUAACUGAACUGACGAAGGCUCAGUUGGAGUUAAACAAGAAGGCGAAGCCAUUUUUCGUGAAAACACAGUGCGUGCUUAACUCAAAAUCGAAAUACGCUUGUGUUCACCCAAACUGUAGACAGCUGAGCAACAACGUCACGGAAAGAGUCCAAAGUUUGAUGUCUGAGAAAACAGUCUUGUACAAAGAGCAAGAUGACCUACUUAAAUCCAUCUCGCUGAAAAUUCCCGAAAACGACGUCAUUCUUGUGUCCGGUGCCUCAAGCAACCACUACGAUGAAAUGCAGGCUAUGCUGCACUCCCUCCAUAGCAUGGUCUUUCCAGAACUGUCACAGAAAGAAAACUUCUCGCUGGUUCUGUGGGAUAUUGGGUUAACUUCAGAUCAACGACAACAGGUAGAAAAAUGUUGUCUCUGUCAAGUGAUAUCUUUCCCUUUCGAGAAGUUCCCACAGCCCACCAGGGAUUUACACACCUAUAUGUGGAAACCGCUACUUAUCCGGAUGACUCUGUUUCGUGCUAGAAAGUAUGUCGUCUACCAGGACGCAUCCAUCAGAUACAAACAGUUUCCUGGGCCAGUUUAUGAGAAUGGCAUGCAGCAUGGACUUCAACUAAUGAGAGAAAUGGAUGAUUCUACAACUGUUCACAGAACACUCCCAGAGACUUUCGCAUACCUCGGGCAGAAGGUGUGCAGCUUUUAUCCCUACCAAGAACUGGGUGCAAGUUUUGGUGUUUACAAGCAUCACCCGUUUGUACUGAGAGCUGUGACAAAUGUGUGGGCCAGGUGUGCCUUUGAAGAGAAGUGCAUGUCUCCGAGGCCGACAAUGCCUUCCCUCUCCUGUCAUUAUGGACCUUGUCAUAGGUAA